AUGGCACUACACAUACCUUCCCGUCUUGCUGCUGAUAAUUCACAAACACCAAACACCACAUAUUUGGCAUGGAAACAAACUGAUCAACGUCUUCUUAGCCUUCUACUGUCUUCUCUUACCGAGGAGGCCAUGGCUGAAGUUGUGGGACUCUCCACUUCCCGUGAAGUGUGGCUUUCCUUGGAAAAUACUUUUAGUCACAGAUCAAAAGCCCGUGAAAUUCGCCUCAAUGAUGACUUACAACUGCUGAAACGAGGCUCGAAAUCUGUUUCGGAGUAUGCCCGCUCCUUCAAGGCCCUUUGCGAUCAACUCCAUGCAAUCAGACGACCAGUUGAUGGCACAUAUAAAGUGCAUUGGUUUCUCCGCGGUCUUGGCUUGGAAUUCUCAAGCUUCUCCACUGCCCAAAUGCCCCUUCCCUCCUUGCCGACUUUCAUGGAUCUUGUCCCAAAAGCCGAGAGUUUUGAACUCUUCCAAAAAUCAUUGGAGUCAAUUGCACCGACAUCUGCAGCGUUUAUAGCCUCAAAUCGCCAGCCUACAAAAUAUAAUCAGCGAGGCUCCAAUUCUCGCUAUCAAUCGACUCGAGGCAAUGGACGUGGAUACAGAGGUUCCACUGGUAAAAGAAUCAUACGUUGUCAAAUCUGCCGCAUGGAUGGUCAUUAUGCAGAUCGAUGUAGACAAAGAUAUGAACGCCACAGUCAGACUCCUCAGGCUCAACUUGCCGAAGCAUUCAAAGCAACAUGUUCCAUCUCCGAAAAUGAGGCCUCAGAUUGGUAUCUAGACACGGGGGCCUCGGCUCAUAUGACCCCAACAAAAUCAUUCUUGGAUUUGUCCACUUCUUAUACUGGUAAGGAUUGUGUAAUUGUCGGGAAUGGUGCAUCUUUACCCAUUACCCAUACCGUUAACGUUACUUUUUCUGAUAUCCUUUUCACCAUUCAGAAUCGCCAAACGGGAAGAGUGGUGGCAACCGUUAAACGAGAUGGCGGCCUAUAUGUUUUGUUAGCUUUUGUUGCCAAGUCGAAGCCAUUUGGAAGCGAAACCGAUUUUUUCAAGCCGAGAAAGUGGCGUCGAAAUUUGGAAAUCAUACCUUACGAUCCCGAGAUUGAAAGGACAUUACGUAGACUAAGGGCCACGCGCAACCAACAAAGUGAACCAAUGGCCGAAGAUCAAGGAAAUCCAGAGCACCUGGCCUUUGAGUACGAUCAAGAGCCAGGACGAGAUCACGAGCAGCCAAGACCGAACCUGCCACCCGAGCGAACAAUGCGAGAAUACCGAACUCCAGCUAUGAAUGAGAACUAUUCGGGAAUCAGGAAACCGACGAUAGCCGCAAACAACUUCGAGCUGAAGACGGGGCUAAUCAACAUGGUCAUGGCGAACCAAUUCUCCGGAGCAGCCACUGCGGAUCCGAAUCUCCAUCUUGCCAAUUUCUUGGAAAUUUGUGACACGAUCAAAGUUAACGGCGUUUCUGAUGAUGCCAUUCGGUUGAAGCUAUUCUCAUUUUCUGUCAGAGACAAAGCGAAGAGUUGGCUUCUGAGUCUCAAUCCAGGAUCACUCACCUGUUGGGAAGAAUUAUCACAAGCCUUUCUGGCACGAUUCUUUCCACCUUCGAAGACCGCACAACUACGAAGAGAUGUAGGCAACUUCAGACAGAUGAGCCAAGAGCCGAUGCACGAGUCUUGGGAGAGAUUCAAGGACUUAUUACGACAAUGCCCUCAACACGGAUUCAACCCGUGGGAUCAAAUGGAGUUAUUCUACAAUGGGCUCGAUCAACCAGCCCGAUCUCUAGUCGAUGCUGCUUCAGGUGGAUCAUUACAAAACAAGACUCCCACAGACGCUCGAGACAUUGUCGAGCGAAUGUGUGAGAAUGCGUACCAUUGGCCGUCCGAACGGAGUGGUGUACAAAAGGUGGCCGGAGUCCAUCAACUCGAACCUUUAGCCGCAGUUUCAGCACAAUUAGCGAUCCUAUCAAAUCAGGUCGCCCAAAUUUCAGUUCGAGGGCCACAGACCGAACGAGUAGCAGCAGCAAGUACCUCACAAGCCACAAACGACGAUUGGGAGCAGGCACACUUUAUGAACCACCGAUUCAACAAUUUCCGAGGAACCAACAAUCAGAACCAAAACCCUACUCAUUACCACCCGGGAAUUCGGAAUCACGAGAACUUCUCCUAUGCCAAUCCGAAGAAUGCUCUACAACCACCUCCCGAUUUCAACCAUCAAAGAGAGCAACGAGGGCCAACGUAUGACGAGCGUCUUCACCGACAAGAACAGGAAAUGGAGGGGCUGAAAUCAACAAUGAAGAACAUGGAAAAGCAAAUAGGGCAAAUCGCCCAAUCCAUGUCCACAAUGGCAAAAGGUGGAUUCCCGAGCAAUACCGAAGUCAAUCCAAAAGAAAGCUGUCAAGCCAUAACCACCCGAAGUGGUCUGCAAAUGACCGAUCCUCCUUAUCCGACAGACGAACCACCAAGGCCAGCUGUACAACCGACCCCGGUCGAGCCGGAAAUCACCGUUUCAGGGAGUAAUACAAAAGAGGCUAGUAAGCCCAAUAACAUUUCUUUUCCUGAUAAUCCCCCUCUUUUGGUAACUCCUAUUCCUUUUCCAGAAAGACAGAAGAAGAAGAAGUUCAAGGAUCAAUUGAAGAAGUUCAUUGAAAAGAUCAAGCAGAUUCGAAUCAACAUCCCUUUUGCAGAAGCCUUGGAGGUAAUGCCAAACUACACCAAGUUCAUGAGGGAAGUCCUAUCCAAGAAAAUUCGAAUCGAAGAAGACACACCAGUGACACUCACGGCAACUUGCAGUGCCAUUCUUCAGUCGAAUCUACCACCAAAAAUGAAAGAUCCAGGGAGUUACACUAUUCCUUGUAUUAUUGGCAAUUCCACUUUCGAUAAAGCUUUAUGUGAUUUGGGGGCAAGUAUUAAUUUGAUGCCUAUGUCUGUGUUUCUAAAACUGGGCUUAGGAAAUUUGAACCGCACUCGCAUGACUUUACAGCUAGCUGAUCGUUCAUUGAAAUAUCCCGAUGGGAUUGUAGAAGAUGUGCUAGUUAAAGUAGAUAAAUUCAUUUUGCCUGUUGAUUUUGUGGUACUUGAAAUGCCUGAAGAUGAUGAAGCACCAAUCAUUUUAGGUCGUCCAUUCUUAGCCACUGGUAAGGCGAUGAUUGAUAUGGAAUUAGGAUCUUUAAUGCUUAGGGUAAAUGGGGAAGAAGUUGUUUUUAAUUUGACAGAUGCAUUUAAACACUCUGAGCAUGUUGAGCAUUGCAGUAGAAUAGACGUGAUCGAGGACUGUGUUUCCUUUUUUUUUGAUUUGUAUGAAUUGUGUGAUUCUAUUGAGCACUGCAUUGUUAAUUCUAUUGAUUUGCAUUCUGCCUCCCCCGAAACUCCUAUUGAAAAUGAUGUGCUUGAUUGUGUGUUGUUUCUUGAGUGUGCCGAGACUUUGGGCGUAGACGAGGUAGGAAUCGUCCCCGAGAUACCAGUUAGUGUGAAAACGGCCCCCGUACUGGAAUUGAAGCAAUUACCGGAUUAUCUUUGUUAUGCUUUUCUUGGAGCAGACAAGACUUAUCCGGUGAUUAUUUCUUCUAGUUUGAGCGAGUCCGAAACAAACACACUGCUGGAGGUCCUUAGAGAAUAUAGGUCAGCUAUAGGUUGGUCUAUUGAGGAUAUUAAGGGAAUUAGCCCGUCUAUUGUUCAACACAAAAUUCUAAUGGAAGACGUCUAUAAACCGAGAGUCCAACCUCAGAGGCGGUUAAACCCGUCAAUGAAAGAGGUAGUCAAAAAAGAAGUCUUGAAAUUGUUAGGCGCUGGUAUGAUUUAUGCAAUUUCUGACAGUCCGUGGGUCAGUCCGGUGCAGGUUGUGCCAAAAAGGGGUGGGAUGACGGUUAUUGUGAAUGACAAAAAUGAACUUAUUCCGUCUAGAACAGUCACUGGGUGGCGUGUAUGCUUCGAUUACCGAUUAUUGAAUGCAGCCACUAGAAAAGACCAUUUCCCCCUUCCCUUUAUCGAUCAAAUGCUAGACAGGCUAGGAGGUUUCGAGUAUUACUGUUUUCUUGAUGGUUAUUCGGGGUACAAUCAAAUUUCAAUCGCCCCGGAAGACCAAGAGAAAACUACUUUUACUUGCCCCUACGGUACUUUUGCAUUUCGUAGGAUGCCUUUCGGUUUGUGUAAUGCGCCUGCUACCUUUCAACGUUGUAUGAUGUCUAUAUUUCACGAUAUGGUAGAAGAGUUUCUUGAGGUGUUUAUGGAUGAUUUUUCUGUGUUUGGAUCGUCUUUCGAUCAUUGUGUGCACAAUCUAGAACUUGUUUUGAAAAGAUGUACAGAAACGAACCUUGUUUUAAAUUGGGAAAAAUGUCAUUUUAUGGUUCGUGAAGGUAUUGUUCUAGGCCACAAGGUCUCGAAAAAGGGUCUUGAGGUGGAUAGGGCAAAAAUCGAAACGAUUGAAAAAUUGCCUCCACCGAAGGAUGUCAAGGGAGUUAGAAGUUUUUUAGGGCAUGCUGGGUUUUACCGUAGAUUCAUUAAAGAUUUUUCGAAAAUAGUAAAACCAUUAUGUCAUUUGCUUGAGAAGGAAGCUGUCUUUGAUUUUGAUUCUGCUUGUUUGCAGGCUUUCACGUUUCUCAAGGAGAAGCUAACCCAAUCACCGAUUAUGAUUACUCCCAAUUGGGAGGAACCAUUCGAGAUCAUGUGCGAUGCGAGCGACUAUGCUGUAGGUGCAGUAUUGGGACAAAGGAGGGACAAAAUCUUCAAAGCCAUCUACUAUUCGAGUCGUACACUUGACCAGGCACAGAAGAACUAUUCAACGACCGAAAAGGAAAUGCUUGCUGUCGUUUAUGCUGUUGACAAGUUCAGACCGUAUAUUUUGGGGUCUCAGGUGAUCAUUUACACCGACCACGCAGCUAUUCGUUACUUGUUCGCAAAGAAGGACGCCAAGCCCAGACUCAUCAGAUGUGUACUCCUACUCCAGGAGUUCGACUUGGAAAUCAGAGACAAGAAGGGGAGCGAGAAUGUGGUAGCAGAUCAUCUUUCCAGACUCAUACUAGAAGAAGUUCCAGCUGAAGGAAAUAUUCAGGAAUCCUUCCCAGACGAGCAACUGCUCGCCAUUAGUACUCACACUCCGUGGUAUGCUGAUGUGGCCAACUUCUUGGCCAGUGGAAUCAUUCCUGACGAUCUUUCGUAUCACCAAAAGAAAAAAUUCCUUCACGACAGUCGUUUCUAUCUUUGGGACGAGCCAUUGCUUUUCAGAACCGGCCCCGAUCGUGUCAUCCGAAGAUGUGUUCCGGAAACAGAAGUACGUGAGAUUCUCACACAUUGCCACUCUUCACCUUGUGGCGGGCAUCACGGGGAAUCUCGCACUGCCGCCAAGGUUCUGCAGUCAGGCUUCUUUUGGCCAACCCUUUUCCGAGAUAGUUACGAGUUCGUGAAACGGUGUGAUCGAUGCCAACGAACAGGGAACCUUUCCAACAAAAGCCAAAUGCCUUUGAACAACAUGCAAGAGGUGGAGCUUUUCGAUGUUUGGGGCAUAGACUUCAUGGGACCAUUCCCAUCUUCGAACGGGAAGUUAUACAUUUUGCUUGCCGUGGACUACGUGUCCAAAUGGGUCGAAGCGAUUGCCACCACCACCAACGAUGCUCGUACGGUCCUCAAAUUCUUCCACAAGAACAUCUUCUCGAGGUUUGGGACACCCAGGGCAAUCAUUAGCGAUGAAGGAUCUCACUUCUGCAACAAACUGCUCACUAAUCUCACGAACAAGUUGGGAAUCCGACACAAAAUUGCGCUUGCCUAUCAUCCGCAGACAAAUGGCCUUGCUGAGUUGUCAAACCGAGAAAUCAAACAGAUUCUGGAGAAGACCGUGAGCACGAACCGAAAAGAUUGGGCAUUGAAGCUCGAUGAUGCACUUUGGGCCUAUCGAACCGCAUUCAAAACACCGAUUGGGAUGUCUCCGUACAAACUCGUGUAUGGGAAAGCGUGCCACCUGCCAGUGGAAUUGGAGCACCGAGCUUAUUGGGCAGUCAAAAAGCUCAAUUUCGAUCAAACAGCUACCGGCGAUCGUCGAUUGCUUCAACUCAACGAAAUGGAGGAGUUCAGAAAUGAUGCUUACGAAAAUGCCAAGAUUUACAAAGAAAAGACGAAAAAGUGGCAUGACAAAAGAAUUACGAAGCGAGAGUUCCGGGCAGGUGACCAAGUCCUGCUAUUCAAUUCUCGGCUACGACUUUUUCCGGGAAAGCUCAAGUCCCGUUGGUCGGGACCAUUCGUAGUCCUGAGCGCCACCCCACAAGGAGUAAUCGAAAUACGAGGACGAGACGGUCCGUCGUUCAAAGUGAAUGGGCAACGAGUUAAGCAUUACUACCCGAAUGGUGCUCCCGAGGAAGUGGAGCGUGUCGCACUAAUUUUCUCCCAAUAAAUCCAAAAGAAGUCGAGCCGUCGACUGUAAAACAGGCGCUAAAUGGGAGGCAACCCAUUGUU